CCGGACCCAUGUCUCCUGCCGUUAUUACAUGGAAUCCUAGCUAAUUUAAUAAAUGUAUUGUUAUGAAUUGGGCAAUUGCGACCAGACUGAUGGUAAUGUCCAGAGUCCAGACUGAUGAUCAUGACGAAUAACAAAAGGGGGAGUAUGAAUAACAGCCGCAAUUACGUUUAUUGUUAAUCCACUUGUCCACAACUAAUUUAAAAUUAUGGCGUCAAGUCAAACAUCUUCAAAACAAAAAGGUCCAAAACAAGAUCGAGAGUCUGCUAAAAACCCCAGUAAAAAUAGUAAAAAUGAACCAUUAUAUUCUAUAAAUAAAAUUAAUGCAUUGGAUUGGCAAUUACUUAUGUGGUUCGCUUCCUUGGAAACAAUUGAGAAUUAUAUUUAUUUAUUUAUUGUUAUUUGGGAUGGUAUGCCAGUACGGGAUAGGCCACAAUUUUCAAGAGAAUUAAGGGAAGAAACUGAUAAUUUAAUUCAAAUUAUCAAGGAGUUAAAUAUUUCAAAAAAAAAUGAUAAGAAUUAUCCUAAAAUGUUAAAUGAUUACAAAGAUUAUCGUUUUUUAAGUAAUCAAGUUCCUCGACAAAAUUUAGUUCAUGAUGUUUGGGUAGAAUUGGAAAACAAUGGAUUAAAGAAUAAUUCUUAUGCUGUUUUGAAUCAAUUAGAACGUUGUUCAUUCUUUCAAAAAAAAGAGUUAAGAGCGAUGGUUUUGUCUAGGAUAAAAUCUUUUCAAUCAUUUUCAAGAAAAACAAAAGAAGUAAAAAAAUUACAGCAAGCACCCCUUAAUAAUAAGGUGAAAGAUGAAGAUCAAGAAAUACUUUUAAGAGAAAAUGAAAGUUUAAAAAAUCAAAUAGCUGUUUUAUCCGAAAAAAUUUCACAAAUCGGUGAUUCAACAAUUCUUGAAGAUGGCAAAAAACAAUUAAUUGUUGAUAUUACAGAGUUACAAGAUAUUCUCUCAGAUUUUACAAUGGUUCAAGGAAGUGAUUAUAAGAUUAUUGACGAACCUGCAACUUCUCUUUUAAAAACUUGGAAAUGUAAAGUAGAUUAUCCCAGUACAAAAGCAAACAUUGUUUUAGGGACUUUGCUUCAACGUCUUGUAAUUACAACAAUUUUAGAUGAAGUUCAACAUUAUUUGCAAUAUUCUCGUUCUUCUGGAGAUAUUGAUCCGACUCUGGAAAGUGAUAUGGUAAAUGCCAGUGAAUCUCUAAUCAAAUACGCAAAAUUAUUUAAUGAUAAUCGUAAAGGAGAAGAUGUCAUCACUAAGAUUACACCCAUUAUAAUUCGUCGACAUGUUUAUUCAUCUCUUAGCCAUAGAGGUUUUUCUAACGAACAUCUUUUAAUCAAAGAAAUAGCAGAUAAAUUGCUGAAUGAGAUGAAUAAAUAUAGACAAGUUGUAGAUGAAGAAACCAACGAUGGAUUAAAUGAUCAAGCUAUUCAAAUAACACGUAAAGUAAUCGAUAUUUUUUGUUUUCGUUUAAAAGCACAACCUUUUGAGCCGACUUUUCAAUUUUUUGAGGCUGGCCAAGCUGUAGAUGCACGUUUCAUGCAAGGGGUUGUUGAAAAUAAAAAAUUGGAAGUAGAAGCUUGCGGAUUUCCUUGCAUCGGUAUUUUUGAUGGUGAUAAGUCGGUUCAAAAAAUUUAUACAAAAGCUCAAAUUAUUACAAGACCAAAAACCAAUAACGCUAAUGAAAGAUAUAUUGUUUAUUCCAUGAAGUAAGUUAUAAUAAUCUAUUUAAAAAAAUUAUUUUACGCUUUUGUUAUGUAAUAUUUAUAGGCAUAACAUACAGUAUUUUAUAAAAUUAUUUAAAAACGGAUUCAUAGAUUAAAGUCAUUCAUUGUUUUUUAUACUUUUUUUUUCCCGCAUAAAUUAAAUACGUAAGCACGUCAACACAUACUCUAAGUGAAUCAGGUUUACGAUUUGACAAUAACGGCCCUAGCGGUAUAUGAUAAUCAAAAUGAAAUUAACUCGAAUCAAAGCAUCAUUAUCUUCAAUUUUAUCAGCGAAUUCUCAAUCUUAUUCUGAACGUGUUUAUAUUAGUUCAAGUAAACUAUGAAGACUAUUAAUUAUUAAUUGUUGAUUAACAUCAAAUUUCA